AUGCAAAUCCUCCUCCUAGGCGCAACAGGCCGCACAGGCCUCCUAGUCCUAAAAGAAGCCCUCGCCCGCAACCACACAGUCACAGCCCUGGUGCGCUCCCCGCAGGGCCUAGAGGCAAGCAUCCCCGCCGACCACCCCAGCCGCCCCAACCUGACCACAGUCGCCGGGUCCCCCCUAAACGCCGCCGACGUGGCUGCCGCCCUCGCAGCCUCCCCGUCGCCAGUGGACGUCGUGAUAACAACCCUCAACCCCCGCCGCGCCUCAGACAGCCCCUUCGCGGCGGUCCACCCGGCCGACUCCCCGCCGCGCAUGAUGGCCGACAGCAUGGCCGGGGUGCUGGCGGCCCUCAAGAACAGUAGCAGCAAAAAGACCGCCAAGGUCGUCGCCCUCAGCGCCCUCGGCGCGGGGUCCUCGGCCGCACACACCCACUGCCUGCUGCGGCUGCUGUUCCGGCAGAGCAACAUGCGGUUCACGUACGAGGACCACGACGCGGUGGAGGAGGUGCUGGUGCGGCAGCAGCGAGAGGCCGGGGCCGUCCCGCACGUGCUCGUGCGGCCGACGCGGCUCGUUGAUGGCGAGGAGGGCGGAGCCGCGAAGGUGUUUGGCGGGAAUGGGACCGUGGGGAUGAUGGAGACCAUCUCGCGGGGUGCGGUGGCAAGGUUCCUGGUUGAUGCUGCCGAGCGGGGGGAGUGGGAUGGGAAGGCGCCUAUUAUUGUUGGCUGA